AUGGCAACUCCACAGCUAGUCUCGACUGCGACCCAGACAUUUUCCACUAUACUUCCAAGCGGCUCGAUUUCAGCAUUUUUGGGUACUCCUCCAGCUACUCUAAAGGAUUAUUAUAUCGCCAGUUAUUUCUUAUUUCGGUUUGGGAUGAAGACAGAUCCAAUACAUGGCUCUCCUGUUUCUCCAAAACGACCACCACCGGAAGCUUAUGUUUCAGAAACCAAUGGACCUGCUAUCAUUGUGUCGAUGAUUGCGUCGAUAGUCGUGAUGCUUUUGAUAACUUCGAUUCGCCUUGGGAUACGGCUAUUCAAUAGAGGUCUUAUGAUGGGAUUGGAUGAUCUUUUCAUCAUACCUGGUAUAGUAAGUGCCUGCACAGUUCAAUUUUCUGCCCACAAACUUAUCCUACAUUGUCACUAUCAUUACUCUUCAUUAAAUUAAUAUACUGAUAUCCCAUAGAUUUUAGCAGUCGCAUGGCCAGCUUUGCAAAUUUGCGCAGUUGUUUAUGGUGGAGCAGGGAAACAUGUAAGAUUACCCAAUGAUGAUUCGAAGAACUUCCUUUGAUCCAUUUCAUUUUGUCUUAUUAGUUGAAAGACUAAUCGUUCUUCUCAGAUGUACGAUGUAACAUAUGAAGAAUACUCCUAUUUCAAACUGUACGCAAAUGUGGACAAGCUACUCUUCUUCCUCGCUGUUGGUUUCAUAAAACUCUCAAUCUGCUUCUUCAACCGACGUCUCACCUCGAUCACUUCGAAACCCUGGAGAAUAUUCAACAAUUGCUUUAUCGCUGCUCUCGUGGCUUACAUCCUACUCGCAUUAUUUUGGUGUAUAUUUCAGUGUAACCCUCCAUACGCCGGCUGGAACAUCAUCCGUGUAGCAAAAGAAUUGAAACACAAACCGCAGUGCAUUAGCGACAAUGUCGUGGGAUCGGGACUUAGUGUCAUCCACGCCCUCAUGGAUUUCGGUUUACUCUCAGUCCCGUUGAUCGUACUUUGGAAAGUACAAAUGAACUGGAUGACGAAAGCAAGGCUGUUUUUUGUAUUCAGUAUUGGAGGGAUGAGUGCAAUUGGUUCAGUAGUUCGACAAGUUGAGCAGGAGAGACUCAAAGGUGAUAUUCUUUGUAAGUAUCCGCUCUUCGUGGGACAUCGAUAGCAUUCUUCUAACAAGCAACAGUCAACUUCGUUCCUUUGCAAAACUGGACUCUCAUCGACCUUACCUUUGGUGUCGUGGCAGCAUCACUUCCCAUCCUCUCAGCCUUUAUUCCCAAGAGCUGGAAAAGUGCAAUAGGAAGCAAGAAAUCAACACAACCAAGUAACGGCUACUUCAAAAAGUCUGGACACGCUAAGUUACAAUCGGGACGUGAUGGACGUAUUGGAAAGGGAUCGGGAACCGAGAGUGACAUUACGAGGACUGAUGUGAUUGAGUUGACGUAUCAGGAUAAGAAGGACUUGGGCUGGGAUAACGUGUCAGAUGAUACGCGAGAAGUAGCAGGAAGCUUGGAGAUAGUUGGGGGUAGUCACCAGGCACGUACGACCACAUGGGUGGGACAGGCAAAGUAG